GUGUGUGUGUGUGUGUGUGUGGGGAGCACACGGUGUGCUCACCCUUCCCCACCCCCCUGCGUGCGCGUGCGGGUGCGAGUCUGGCAGCGUAACAUCUGUGCGUACGCGGUCGUGAUUGUUGUGAAGAUGGCGGAGGGGGAGACAGAGAAGGAAUAUGACACACGGAAAGCUAUCGAGGAGCUCCGAGAGCGGUUCCAGGGUUUGACCACAGCUUUGAAAGAGAGCUCGCAGUCUCCGCUGGAAGCCUCGCUGCAUUUCUGCCAGGAGUUUUGCCAGGUCCUCGUGGAACAUGCUGGCCGUUGGAAAACUGACGAGGAUCCACUGCCUUUGCUGGAGGUCUACACUGUGGCCAUCCUCAGCUUUGCUAAGGCCGCCUCCUGUCUCUCCUCCGAAUGUGAAAACGCGCCACUCCUACUUGAAAAGUUAGCACUGAGCUGUGCGGAGCUGCUGCUCUUACUGCCCCAGCAUGUCCCUGGUGCCUUAUGGGAGGAGUUUCAGUCCUCCAUGAAGUUGGCACACAGCCUUUUGCAAGAAAGUGGGAGCACACAGCUUUGCCUGCUCUCAGUUCUGGCACAGGAGGACGGCGUUUGGUCCAACACCACACUAAGCAGCAUCAUGUCCAAUCAAAUCCCACAAACUGAGCAAGUUCACGAGUUUCUUGAGUUGGAAGGUCCCACACUUCUGAACAUGAGAAUAAAGCACCUAAUCAAAGUGGACAAUGUCGAUAAAGCUGCUGUCCUUGCAAAGAUAUGCUCAGAGUAUCCGGGAUAUGAAGGAAAAGGAAACUUCAAACAGACCUACUUGGUUUGCAUCUGCAUGACAAAAAGUCAGGAGCAGCUAAUGGAAGAGAUUGCAUCUAUAGACUGUAAAGAUGCUCUCGAAAUGAUCUGCAACCUUGAGUCGGAGGGAGAUGAGAAAGGAGCUUUCUCCAUGUGCUCUGCCUUUCUCAAGCGACAGCUUCUCCAAGGAGAUGUUUAUUGUGCCUGGGAACUCACACUGUUCUGGAGUAAGCUACUCAUGCGCUUAGAGUCGUCAGCGGAUGCAUUUCUUGGACACAGCAAAGAGAUGGCUCUUCUCUGUAGAAGCGUCUGUCAUAUUCUGUUUCUAAUCAAAGUAAUCCAAAAUGAGGUUGGAGAGGUGGGGCUUCCAGUGUGCGUGGAAAUGUGCAUUCAAGCUUUGAAAAUGACCUCCAGUGACCACAAGGAUAGCAAGUCUACCAUCUGCAAGACUAUUUCCUGCCUCUUGCCAACUGAUCUAGAGGUUAAGCGUGCAUGCCAGCUCACAGAGUUCCUCCUCCAGCCUACCAUUGACUCGUAUUAUGCUGUGGAGUCACUGUACAACGAACCUGACCAAAAGCCUGAGGAGGACGGAAGUCUACCAGUGCCCAAUUCUUUACGGUGUGAGUUACUGCUGGCCUUGAAGACACAGUGGCCUUUUGAUCCAGAGUUCUGGGACUGGAAAACACUGAAACGCAACUGCUUGGCACUGAUGGGCGAAGAGGCAGCUAUUGUGUCAUCUAUUGACACACUCAAUGACACAGACGAACAGGAGGUGGAAAGUGCACUUGGCAAACUCCCUGAAUACAGAGACCUGGAGGAUUUUCUGUUAACCACUACAAAUGAACUCAAUGAAAUCACGGAUGAAAGAGAAAAAAACAGAGAGGCUAAAAAACUUCGGGAGCAAGGUUUUGUGUCUGCCCGGUUCAGAAAUUGGCGAGCCUACAUGCAGUAUUGUGUUUUGUGCGACAAGGAGUUCCUGGGUCAUAGAAUAGUUCGCCAUGCACAGAAGCAUUUCAAAGAUGGAGUGUAUCUUUGUCCUAUUUGUGCUGACAGUUUUGAAAGUAGGGAGGUUUUAGAGCCACAUGUAGCAUCACAUGUAAAGCAAUCUUGCAAAGAGAGACUAGCUGCAAUGAAAGCUGCCAGGAAGGUAACCAAACCACCUCAGUCACCUAAAAGUCCAUCAAAGAAUACAAAAGUUGCUGCCAAGAUGAGCAUGAGUCCUGUUAAGAUUGAACCCCAAAUUGGUGACCAGUUGGCAUCUCCUGUUAAGAUAGAGCAAACUACAUCUGACACACACAUAAGUCAAGACUGUUUCUGUCCUGUCAAAAACUGUUCCAAGGCUUUCAAGUUUUUCCGAAACCUCAUGGCUCAUGUCAGAUCUCAUAAGGACGACGAAGAGGCCAUGAGGUUUUUAGAGAUACAAAAGCAGAAGGUAGUGUGUCAGUAUUGCAGACGGCAGUUUGUUAACGUAAGACAUCUUAAUGAUCAUUUGCAGAUGCAUUGUGGCAGCAAACCAUACAUCUGCAUACAGUUGGAUUGCAAGGCCAACUUUAACUCCAAUUCUGAGCUUCUCAUGCAUAGAAAAACACAUCCUGAAUUUAAGGCCCAGUGCAUGUUCCCUAACUGUGGCCAAGUUUUUAGUGAGGCCUACUUGUUGUAUGAUCACGAGGCUCAGCAUUACCUUACCUACACCUGCCAAACUGAUAAUUGCGGCAAAAUAUUCUACUCACAGUCUCAAUUCCUGUCUCACCAAGAGAAUCAUAGUACAAAUGUUGCAGCAAAGAGUUUGCCCAUCACUAACCAAAACCCUCCUCUCACUCCAAAAGUACAACCACCAGUGGAGGGCACCCCGAGCCUCGAAAUGAUUAAUACAGAUGUAUAUAUGAAUGAGCCGUCUAAGGCGGACACAUCACCAAGCACAUUAGAAGAAAUUGCUAAAGAUGUAGGUCCUGUGAGAGUGAAACACUCGAUUGAAAGCAUGCUGAACUCUGCAGGAGAGCUUGAAAUAGAAGAACCAGAGCAAUGCUUUACUCCUCUCACAAGCCCCACUCCAGCACCAGCUGAUGUGACACCAGCACCUGAGGCUCCUCACGCGCCCCCAAAUGUGGUCGGGCAAGGUGAAAUCCCUCCAGUAUAUCCUGUACCCAUUGCCACAAAUCCUGUGGCAGGACAACAGGGAGAGGUUCUUGAUAACGUCCAUGGCAACAAAGCUCCUAAAGCAAUCACACAAAUAAUUUCUCCAAGUCAAAUCAAGACAGAAAUUCCCUCUUCAAUGCAAGGAUAUCCUUCCAGCACGCCUACUGUAACUGCUGGAAAUGAAGAGAAUCUGCAUUGCUGCCCAUAUAGUGACUGUACCAGGGCGUACAGUACAAACAAAAGUCUGUCUAGGCAUGUGAAGAAGCAACACCCUGAAAUAUUUGAAGACUGGAAAUUGGCAAAGAAAUAUAACAAAGUGGCCAAAAUUACAGCAAAAAAGGCACCAAGUGGGCCAGCUUCACCCAGUCAGUCUCAGAACAUGUGGAACAGGCAGUCAAAUCAGCCUGGGGUACUAUGCAACAAACAGGGGAUGCAGCAAAUGGAUUACCAAACGGGAUGCUCGACCUCACCUGCCCAAUGUUAUCCUGGAUCAAUGGAGCCCGUGCCUAUCACGCCAAUGGUGAACCCCACACACUACCCUUCAUGGGGAAGCCCAAAUAAUCCCAGUGGAAUGAUGCAGUCAGACAUGUCCCAGUCAUGGUCUGCACCUCCAGUGAAUAACUGCUAUCCAGAUGCCUUCAACAUGAAUGAGUACCCAUCUCGCAGCUAUCCUCAGUGGCAGGCAGACCCUUAUCAGACCACGCCGUCAGUCCCAUCUGACAGAGACCAUUCGAUGGUAGCUGUGCAUGGUCCCACUACAUCACACGCUCCUUCAGAUUCAAGUUUGAUGUCCCAAUAUGUGUCAAGCUCUCUGAUGCUUGACAACGGAGGGCAAAUACAUAAUGGAGGGCAUCAGUAUGGAUUAAUGCAUCCAGAGGGCAGUGGAGAUGGUGUGGAUGUGAGAAAAAUUAGUCCAAGUAUGACAAGUCAGUUGGAUAAUGGAAACAGUCUCUCAACAAUUGACAGCCUCCCUGAAGGAGGUUAUCACACGCCAUAUGAUCAGCCAGAAAACUCCUGUCAUACUCAAGGCUCAUCAGUUGAUAUUCCCAUUAAAUGUCUGAGCCCAGAAGCCCAGAUUGCAUUAAAACCCUCACAUGAUGUAAUUAAAAGAGAGAAUAUGUCCACUCCUGGGUAUGAGCCGAUGGACAACUCUGUUGAUGAAAUGCUCAGUCCACCAAGUGUCACUCAGACAGACUUUCCUUUCGAAGAGGGCUGUCCGAAUGCUGACUGUGAGGCUGAUGCCAUAGAGGAAAAAGCGGGUGACCCUGACAUGCAGAAAGGAAAACGCAGCAGGCUGAGCAAGCGAACCAAAUGGCCAGCCAUCAUUAAAGAUGGCAAGGUCAUCUGCAGGAGAUGCUUCAGAGAGUUCACAAGCACCAAGUCUCUUGGGGGUCAUUUGUCCAAACGCUCACAGUGCAGGCCUGUAGAUGAAAUAGAUCUAACGGCCGAUCUGCCAACGUCUUUUCUUGAUUUUCUCAACGACCCCCAUGUCCCUGACACUAACGGAGGAGUAUUCAACAUGUCAAAUGGUGAUUUCUCACAGGAAUCUUGUAGCUUGACCACUUUGACUUCACCAAUGGUGUUGAAACAAGAGCCCCAAAAUACAAAUAUAAUGGACUUUUCAAACUCAAUGUCCAUUACCCCUGAAAACCAGCAAGACAAGACAGUAGAGCUGGCUAAUCCAGCCCUCGCUGUACCUUAUCAGGAGGAUCACUUGAUGGAAAUCUCACAUGCCUUUCAAAGGCUUGAUUUGAUUGAGGCUGCACAAGAGAAGAUGCGGAGUGCUCUUUCAUUAGAACAAAAUGUCAGUCAUUGUGAUAAAGCCCCUGAGAUUGAAAAAAGUAAAUUACUGAGUAAAAGUGAUGACAAGCCCUCUGAAAAGGUACCCAAACCUUUUAAAUGUGACCAGGAUGACUGUGAAUACUCAUUCAUGACAAAGGAGGCAUUAUUCAGACACUUGACUAAAAUGCACGAUUACACUAAUGAGAUGAUAGAAGAACUUAAAAGAACCCCAUCCAAACUGUCUCCAUAUCCUUGUCAGAUAUGCCCCAAAACAUUCACAAGAACGACAGGUUUGAGAAUUCACUAUGAAAAAGUGCAUCGGUUGUCCAAGGCAGAGAUUCAGAAGCUAAAGAUAAGUGCUCGAAACAGGCGUGCAUUUAGGCUUAACAAAGAUAGCAUGCCUAUUAGUCGUGCACCCACUGAUGCCAACAGCAGUCACACAACACCAUCUGCCUUGGUGUUACCUUGUAUAAAACAAGAACCGCUUGACAUUGCAAUUGCACCUCAAACAGACAAUGAGAACAAUCCCGAGGUGCCUCAGAUCACCUCGCCAGGAGAUUCAGUUACACAGGGCUUCAUUCCUGACGCAUCAACUGUUACACAACUACCAUCACCUCCCAGCUAUUUGACUGAUAGGUCAUUCGGUGAGUUGGCACCAUCAGAUCAUGUGAAAACCCCAGAGCGACCUAAAGUGGCUAUUGUAAACAAGAGUCCAGAUGUGAAACACAAAUCCAGAAAUAAAAAAACAGAAAUGCAAGAGAAUCUCAGUGCGGUUGGCAAAGCAGUAGAGCAGCAAGGACGAUCAGAUGCAUCAUUAAGCAAAGUCAAAGAGCCAAUGUCCAGCCCCGCUUCUGCAUCUGCAUCUGCUUCUGCUUCUGCUUCAUCCUCCCCAGAGAAACCUAGCAGCUCCAAAAACACACCGACAAAGGAUGAGCUCCAUAAGAAAGACAAAUCUCAGAAAAGGUUGAGUCUCAAAAUGUGUGAAACGGAUGCCUACAGUCCAUAUAGACCAUAUCGCUGUGUUCAUGAAGGAUGCACUGCCGCAUUCACCAUCCAACACAAUCUGAUCCUUCAUUACAGGGCCAUGCAUCAGGCAGCCCUGCCCCCCAGUAAACCUGAACCUGAGCCCGAUAAGACUCCUGUUAAACCUGUACAGGAGAGCAUUGAGAUUAUAAGCAAAGAUCAUGAGGUCAGGUGUCAAGUGAAAGACUGUUCAAGGGUAUUCAUGGGAAUCACAAGGUUAGUGCAGCAUUACCUCUUACUUCACAAGUUUAGCCGUGACAAAGCCACAGCGAUGAUGGCCAGUAUGACCAUAGGGACUUUCAACUGUGAUCGGCCAGAGUGCGCGCUCCCCUUCAACAAUGUGGAAAAGUACAUCGAGCACAUUAAGAAUUUCCACAAGGAAAUCGCCAUCUCUGAGAGCGGCUCAGUUGAUACAACGUUUAAGUGUGAGUAUGAGGGAUGUGACCGCGUUUACACUACGAAAUCGAACCUCCUGCGUCACCUGAUAAAAAAGCACGAAUACGUUUAUGACCCUAAAACAAGUGACGGAAGACGGACUAAAUCAGUAGGGCUCUUCGUGUCUGUUAGCAAUGGGAAAGAGAAUAUGGAAAGUAAAUUCAAAAUGAAGAAGAAAAACACUAAAAAGAAAGAUGGAAAAGCCAUUGAGCACUGGACUAGUUUUGGAAAGCCUACACUAAAGUCCCACGAGGAGGCGUCAGCCAUGUGCACGAAAAAGUACACCCUGCAGUACCCAUGCAUGAUAAUAGGCUGUGAUGCAGUGGAGCGGGCUGAGAGAAGUAUAUUUAAGCAUUACACCACUCAUGGCCUCACAGAAAGAUACAUUGAAGACCAGAGGAGCCAGUUCAUUUUCUGCAAAAAGUACCCGCGUGCCAGGUUCAAAGAUUCAAACAAGUCAGAGGGGGCGUCAAGCUCAUCUUCUGAGGAGACCGAGCCAGAAGACGGCGAAAAGCCCAGUGACCAGAAAACAGACGAGCUGGAGGAUCGAAUAGGUCAGGAAGACAGCAAACUGUCCUAUGACGAUAGUGCAGAAUCUCAAGCUUCCACUGGGACAGAAGGGGGGACAAAAAGAGGCCGUCCCAGAAAACCUGCACAGCCUACACCAGCUUGUCCAGAGAGGAUGCAGACCCUUAGGAAUCGUACGACUGUUAACAGUUCCAGAGAGAACUCAAAUCCUGGUACACCAACAGCCCAAGAACAACGUGACGACGGGGUUACGUCAGGGUCUUUCAAGCCUUUAGGACUUGAGGACUCUUUUCUUAAGUUCUUGGAAACCUCAGAGUCUACACAGACUUCCAAGCGCAAAUUAAAUGACAAAUCUAGUGCUGAACUGCCAUCCAAAAGACAACAAACUCACAAACAGAGAUCUGCAAUGAAAAGCAAAAUAACUGGUUGUGAAAAUCUGGUAGACUUCAGAAAUCCCCUGAAUCUAAAAUCAGCAAACAAUGUCAAGAUUGUCAUUGAUAAAACAUUUUCAGACGGUGCUGAUCUUUUGCUAAAGCAGCUACAAGACAUGAGGCCCAUAGUCAUUAUAAAAAAGUGGCUUUAUAGCGGAUCAUAGCCCACUAUUUUGUGUUCAACUCAAUCUCACUCAGGAUUUGAGAAGUUAUGCUGCAGAAUGGUUUGUUUGUUAAUGCAUCAGAUUUCCAACUGAUAACAGUCCUGGUCACAGUUAACGAUGAUAUGGCCUAUUUUGUACUUAAUGAAAUAUUGUCUUGGAUGAUUUUAAGUAUGUAUGUUAGCUAUAAUAACCAGGUAAUCUAUAGGGCAUAGAUUUUAGAAACAUGUUUGUAUUUAUGCUUAGUACUGAAGAUGUUUUUUUUUCUUUUGCUAAAUGGAGACUUUUAAAGAAAAACAAUGUUUUUAUAUAUCCCUAUGGGAUUUCAAGUUCUGUUUGUAUUUAUUUCAUCCUUUUUCAACACUAGUAGACCUAUCUGUAAUAUUUACAUGUCUUCCACAAAGUGUUCAAUAAAAUGAUACUGGUUUUUGUAA